AUGACCAGAAGCCGCCGCACCAGAACCAGCACCAGAAGCUUCAGCUGCAGCACCAUCACCAGCAGCAGCAGCAGCAUCAGCAUAAUCACUAGUGGCAGCUGCAGCAGUAGCACCAUCACCAACAGCAGAAGGAGCCGCAGCAUCAUCAACAGCAGUAGCAGCAGCAUCAGCACCAUUGCCAGCAGCUGCAGCAGCAUCAUCACCAACAAAUUCUGCAGCAGCAGCAGGAGCACCAUCACCUGCUGCAAAGCCGCAGCACCAGAACCAGCAGCAGCUGCAGCAACACCAUCACCAGCAACAGAAGCAGCACCAUCAUCAGCAGCAGAAGCCGCACCACCAGCAGCAGCAGCAGCACCAUAACCAGCAGCAGCAUCAACCCCAUCACCAACAGUUGCGGCAGCCCCAUCACCCACAGCAGAAGCAGGAGCAGCACCACCAAAUGUAGCAACAGCAGCAGCACCAUCAGCAACAGCUGCAGCAGCAUCACCAGCACCUGAAGCAGCAUCAGCACCAUCACCAACAGUAGCAGCAUCAGCACCAUCACCAGCAGCAGCAGUAGCACUAUCACGCAGCAGCACUGUUACCAGAAGCAGCAGCAGCAGCGCGACCACCAACAGCAGCAACAGCAGCAGUACCAUCACCAGCGGCAAAGCAGCACCAUCACCAGAAGCGGCAGCAGCAAUAUCACCAUCAAUAAAGCAGAAGAAGCGGCAUCAACAUCACCAGCAGCCGCAGCAGCACCAGCAAAAACAAUUUCUGCAUCAGCACAAGCAGCAGCAGCAGAACCAUCACUAUUAG